CAGGUAACAGGUUAUUUAAAUUUACUAGCUAAUGUUAUUGAUAACUUUACUCAUGGUUUGGCUGUAGGAGGCAGUUAUUUAGUUAGUUUAAAGGUUGGUAUGGUAACAACAAUAGCUAUAUUAUUACAUGAAAUUCCUCAUGAAAUUGGAGAUUUUGCUAUUUUAUUAAAAUCUGGUUUUAACAGAUGGAAGGCAGCCAAAGCACAAUUAUUAACAGCGUCAGGGGGAGUAAUUGGAGCUUUAACAGCUUUAAGUGCUGAAUCCCCAGAAGCAGCAGGUAACAGAACAGCAUGGAUAUUACCAUUUACGUCUGGAGGAUUUUUAUAUAUAGCUUUAGUCACUGUUGUACCAGAAUUAUUACAAGAAAAACGUGGAAGGGAAUCAAUAAAGCAAGUGAUAGGUUUAAUAUCAGGAGUGUUAUCUAUGGUAUUAGUUACUGUGUUAUUUGAAGAGUGA